CCCCUUUCUCGCUCUGUCGAUAUUUGCGUAGCAGGAGAACCUUUCCCCUCUCCCUCUCUCUCCCCUUUCCCUCAGACCUCUCCUUUUCCCUCCCUUCUUCACAGAGCUUUUACGAUGAUGGAGUGGAGGCUAAUCUCGCUCCUCGUCAUCUUCUUCCUUUCCGUCGGUUUUGAUUUUCAUGGCUUCCUUUUCGCCCACGCAAAUCCGAUAAGGCUGGAGCUGAUACACCGGGACAAUCCUCUGCUCAAUGGACAGGUGCGGAGGCCGAAACAAACGCAGCUGGAGCGCUUUAACGAGCUCGUCCGAAACGACAUCAUUCGACACCGCAUCAUCUCCUACAAACGCGGCCAAUGGGGCGCUAGCACGAGGCGAAAUGACCUGGAGCUGGAGGCGUCCAUAGAAAUGCCAAUGCACUCGGGCGCGGAUUUCGGGACGGGCCAGUACUUCGUGGAGGUCAAAGUUGGGAAGCCGGCGCAGCAGUUCCUGUUGAUCGCCGACACCGCCAGCGAGCUGACGUGGAUGAAUUGCCGGCACGGAUGUGGGAACAAGUGCGGCACCCAUAAGGGGAGACUCCUCGACCGGCGGAGGGUGUUUCAUGCGGAUCGGUCUUCGUCCUUCCGACCUGUGCCGUGUUCGUCGGAGAUGUGCAAGGUUGGGCUGGCGGAUCUCUUCCGCAGUCCAAAAUGCCCCUUCCCAUCAACCCCCUGCGGCUACGAAUUCAGUUACAUUGACGGGUCGGUUGCUUUGGGCUUCUUUGCCAAUGACACCAUCACAGUAAACCUAACCAGUGGAAGAAAGAUGAUGCUAGACAACAUGCUCAUUGGGUGCACCGAGUCUACAAAGGGCCAGGGCUUCCAGGGAGCCAAUGGUGUGUUGGGUUUAGGCUACGCCAAUUACACCUUUGCAACCACAGCGGCCAAAAAGUUUGGUGGCAAGUUUUCAUAUUGCCUGGUUGAUCACCUGAGCCCCAAGAACAUCUCAAAUUAUCUCGUUUUUGGUGGCAAGAGAAAUCAUAACAAGCAUUCGUUGGUGGGCAAUGUGCAAUACACCAAGCUCCUUCUUGGUGUUAUUCCUCCAUUCUAUGUUGUGAAUGUGUCGGGCAUCUCCAUUGGAGGCAAAAUGUUGAAUAUAACAUCUGAUGUGUGGGAUGUAAAUGCUGGUGGUGGAACCAUCAUUGAUUCAGGCACAAGCCUAAUGCUUCUGGCUGAGCCGGCUUACGCUCCCGUCAUGAUGGCGUUGGAACUGGCCGUGUCACCUUACGACAGAUUGGUCUCCGAUGACGGACCAUUCGAGUAUUGCUUCGAUUCGACGAAAUUUAACGAGUCAUUGGUGCCGAAAUUAGCGAUUCACUUUGCCGAUGGAGCUCGGUUUGAGCCGCCAGUGAAGAGCUACAUUAUCGACGUAGCUCCUCAGAAGAAGUGUCUCGGAUUUGUGCCAGUGAGUUGGCCAGGUACCUCCAUUAUUGGCAAUAUAAUGCAGCAAAACCAUUUGUGGGAAUUUGACUUGGGCUGUCAUAAAGUGGGUUUUGCUCCCUCUAGCUGCACCUAGUUGUCGUCGAGUUGAAUUUUUCUUUUCUUUUUUCAUACUUGUCUAUGAUGUUCUAUCUCAAAUUCAUUGCAAUUAUAUAUGUAAUUUCUUGAACUUUAGCAAUUAAAAUCAUAGCAAUACCAAUUAA